AUGCUAAACGACUCCGUGUACAGCACACCCUCCCGCCCCACCCCACCCCACCAAAACAACUACACCCGCUCAGAAACCGAACUCUUCAUCCUCACCGUCUGGACAUCAUGGUCCCUGGCUUCUGCUCUUAUUGGCAACACUGUCAUCUUAGUUGGGAUCUACUCUCGUGCCUUCAGAAUUGAUAAACUGUCCCUGCUGACUAUCAAGAACUUGGCUGUGUCUGAUAUCUAUUUUAACUUGAUAUGGGUGUUACCCACUUUAAUAACGUUACUGAAUGGUAACAAGUGGGUGUUAGGGCCGGGGAUCUGUAACUUUACCACUUACAUGCAGUAUCCUCCAGCUAUAGCCACCAUUUUCUUUAUCACCCUCAUAUCUGUUAACAAGUGGAUGAGAUGUCAGUUCCCCCUAAAAACACUGGACAUCACCACCAGAACUGCUUACAAACUAACAAUCUUUAUCUGGGGGUUCUCAUUCCUGCACCCUACUGCUUACUUCGUAUCAAACCUGAUAAAAACAGACGACCCCAGAUACAUGGAGCUGGAUCUGUACAAAGGAAGUUGUGAUUAUCAUCACGGGUUAGAUCUAGCUGUGUACUGGAGCGGGGUAGAUCUGACCUGCUCUCUGGUCUGCUGUAUGACACCUAGUGGUAUAUUGCUGGCUUCUAACGCUGCUAUACUCUACAUUGUCAAGAAGAAGGGACGGGGAAAUGUCAGAGUUUCCAACCUACUGAUGAUAGUGUGUCUGACGUGCAUGUUCUUUAUCUCCUACAUGCCCUACACUGUCAAGUAUCUCAUGCCCUUUUUAGUGAGUGAUCCUCAUAUCCUCCCUGAUGGGUUUGUUGUCAUGACGUACUUCAUGCUCUACAUAAACUCCUGGGCCAAUGUCUUUAUAUAUUACUUUACUAACACUUCUUUUAAGAAGUUUGUGUUGCGUUUGAUUAAAUGUGGGGAGCCGUCCCGGAAGAUAACGAACAGCUCAAUGAGGAUUAUGGAGAAGAGCCGGCUAGCACAUGUAGAUAGGCUCAGACAAGUUCAGCUGCGGAAAGGGUCGCCUAGAACUGAAAACGGGCGUCUGAUCAGUGUGAUUGUGAUGCCCACGGAGAUAUGUGCCGAGCCAGUGGUACUGGAAACAUGUGAAUUAACUCCACUUGAGGAGAGGGUAACGGAGGAUAAUCAUGUUCUGACUGAUUGUGAAGAAGCAAAUGUGUGA